CCAUGCGACUUGCUCCCACCUUGCAACAACUAAGCUCUUUUCACGUCCAACUCUGAUGUUUCCUGCCAUCUUUUCUUACGUCAAGGACAGUAACCGGUUGAGACAUUGAAAAAAACAGCAAAAAUGGCCGACGAAGAAAAGGAACGAGCUGAGAAGCUCGCCGCGGCCAAGAAGAGGGUCGAGGCAAUGAAGAAGAAGGCCAAAAAGACGGGCAAGAAAACAAAGGACACUGGCGACGAGAAAGACACCGCGACUGAUACCCCCGCGACUGGGACCCCCGAGCCAACCGCCGAUGCUGUUGCUCCCCCUCCUCCUCCUCCUCCUCCCGCGGAAGAAGAGGAAGCUGUUGACAGCGCCGGCUCCCCGACCUUAAGCGCACCACCGUCGUCACUUGCCCAGGCGUCCAAGGCUCGCUCGACGAGUUUCCGACAGGGGUCGAUUUCCCUGGGAAGUGGUGCGGGUGGUGCUGGGGGGUUAGGGCCUCUCAGUCCUGGGUUGGGGGGGGAAGGUGGGGAGACGGCGAUGGAUAUCUACCGGAAGCAACAAGCAAAAAUUGAGGAACUGGAAAAGGAAAAGGGGAGGUGGGAGAAGGAAGCCAAAGAGUUGGAGAGGAAGUUGGGGAGGGUGGAGGGUGAGCUUGAGGAUUUGAGGGAGGCUGAGGGGGGAAAGAAUGAUGAUGGGGAGGUGGAAAAGCUCAAGAAUGAAAUCGAGGGUUUGAAGAGGCAGAAUCAGCAGCUCAUGGCGCAGAGGAAGGGGCAUGGGGGUGGGGGUGGGAGUAUUUCUGUUGCGAGCCCGCCACCAGCUGCUGAGCUGGAGCGGGCGAGGGAGACAAUUCAGACGAUGGAGCUGGAGAUGGGACGGUUGAGGGCGCAGGUGGAGAGGUUGAGCGCGGGUGGUGGGGAGAACGAGCAGGUGGCUGCGUUGGAGGAGAAGCUGGGUAGGGCGGAGAGGGCGGCGGGGUUGGCGCAGAGAGAGGUGGGGGAUUUGAAGGUUGCGCUCGAGAGGGUGAGUGAGAAGGUUGUCAAGGAGGGUUCGGCUAGGUCGUCGGCUGAGACGAAGGCGAGCCAGUUGGAGAAGGAGGCCAAGGAGGUGAGGGAAGAGAAGGAGGGUUUGGUGAAAAAGGUGGAGGGGUUGGAGAAGAAGGUUGUUACGCUUACUACGUUGCAUAAGGAGCACGAUGCACGGAUGCAGGGGUUGAAGAGGGAGAAGGAGAAAUUGGAGAAGGAAUUAGGGGAGGUUCAGGGGCAAUUGGAGAAGGUGGAGGCGGAGAAUUUGAAGCUGAGGAAAAAGGACGCGCAGGAGGGGGGAGGGGAUGAUGAGGGUGUUGAUGAGCUGAUUGAUGAGGAGAGAGCCCGAUUAGAAAGGAGGAUCAGGGAGCUGGAGGGGGAGAAUGCGGAUUUGAGGAGGGGGAUUUGGCAUGAGAAGAGGAAGGAGAUGCAGGUUGGGCCUGAGGGGGAGAUGUAUGAGAAUGUUGACUUGGGGGGAGGGGGACCGGGACCGGGACAGGGGCACGGGCAGGGGGGUGGGUUUGGGCAGUUGAUUAGUAGCGGGUUGAGUGCUCUGACUGGUGGUGGCCAUCAACAUCAUGGGCAUCAUCACGGACACGGACAUCAGGAUGAUGGGUUUUUGGACGAUGAUGAUGAUGAACUGGAGUUUGAUGAGGAGGCGUUUAGGCGGGCGCAGGAGGAGGAGGGGAGGAAGAGGUUGGAGAGGAUCAAGGAGAUUAAGAGGGGGUUGAAGAAUUGGGAGGGGUGGAGGUUGGAUUUGGUGGAGAAUCGGAGGGGAGGGGGGGAGGGGGUGGGGGUGGGAGAGAUAUUUGAGGUUUGA